CCGUCGGGCAGAAUGAAGCAUGGACAGUUAACUCGUCAGUAGACUGUUUCCUUCCUCUCUGUCCGUAUGAGCCACAUUGCAUGUAAAUGAAGACAGACUUUAUAGUUAAUACACUCAUAGUUUGCUGCCUUUUAUUGAAUAUCAAGUCUCUCCUUGCGGCGUCUUGAACUAACCUGCAAUUCAAUGGCUUUUACGGCAUGAUUGAGUUGUCUAGCUCCGUCUUUGGGCAAGAAGGAAGCUCAGACAUGUUUCUUCACCUUGUGGAACUUUUUAACUUUGCUCAAUCUUUCCGGCGAUGGACGAGUCAUUGACGUCCAUGUCGCCACUGACUACUUCCCGUGACGCAACGCUCAGAUAUCCCAGCAUUGUUUGGGACACCUGAACGCAACAAACUUUCAGUCGAAGGACUGUCUCCAAGUUGACGGAAUGCAUCUUUUUUUUACAUCUUUUUGAAGACAAUUCAGCCGGGAAAGUGCUCAUAUUUGGCGACGUGGCGAUGUGGUGCUUCAUAUUCAUCUGCCUAGUCGGCUGUACAGCAAAGACGGCGAGCGCCUCCUGUCCGGUGGAAAUGAGUCCCGGGGAAGUGGUGGUGCCCUUCGGCGGCUUCUUCUCCGUCACCUGCAGGGCCUUAUCUGACCAAGUGAGAGGUAUGGGCUGGGAGUCUCCAUUUGGGGGCACCGGAUUUAAGGAGGGCGUGACCAACGUCACCUUGCACGUCGACUCCUUGAGAGGAUGGCGAGUGAACACAAUCUGCUUCGCCAACCUCAGAAACGGCACUCAGUGCUCCAAGAUUCUCCCCGUCACCGCUUACAAAAUGGCCGACAACGUGACCAUAAGUAGCGAGUACGCCGCCAAGCCCAUGAUGGAGGACUUUAUUUAUUCCUUUUAUUGUCGGGUUAUAAAGGUAGCGCCGGCACGUAAGGUCACGGUGCAGUGGUUCAAGGGGAACCAAAGCUUAGACCUGAUGCCAGAACCAGGGGUUGGGAAUCAUGAGCCGGUGGAUUUGAUGUUCAAGCAGGAUCUGCAGCUCCUAGGUGAGGACGAUGGAGCGCAGGUGCGCUGUGAGGCCACGCUCGACCUGCGGCCAUCAGGGCCCAGACUUCACGCCGUGUCCUCUGAGCCAAUCCAGCUGAUUGUGCUUUAUCGGCCCACCUUCCACCAAGAUGAUGAGAACCUGUCACUUCCUGUCGGGGGCAACAUGACUCUAAACUGCAGGGCCCGGGGAAACCCAGCGCCACAAUACAGCUGGACUCUCCCGGCCCCCCUGAAGAUGAGGACGGAAAAUCAAGCCAUCCUGACCUCGUCUUUCCAGCAUCCUGGCACUUACCAGUGCACCGCCGCCAAUUCCCAGGGCGCCGCUGUCAAACGCUUCACAGUCAGCGAAGCUCCAAGGGAUCGAACAACCUUCACAACGCUGGUGGUCGUGUUUGUGGCUUUGGGAGUUCUUCUCGCCAUCGGCGGCCUUUUAUCUGUCACUCCUCAUGGAAUGUUUUCUUGCAAAAAGAGCAGCUAUAUUAGUGGACGACCCACGUCUGGUCCCGUAUGAUUUUGUCCCCCAUAGCUUUAUAAUGAAUGCUUUAGGUCGAAGGGGUGUGACCUAUACAGCUUGCUCAUAAGUCCUACUCAUGCACUUCUUUGUUUACAUGACUGAGAUUGUAUUCUUCUACCCUACUGUGCCACAGUUGGCUGCAUGCGUGUUUUUGCAACCCUCAAAAUCCAACGCCUUCAUCAACACUAAUAGAAAUCAUUUGUCAACUGUCACAGCCACAUUUUUUAAAUAACAUUUAAACAUGCUUAACAUUGAUAAUAGUGCGCACAUAAGUCAGGCGCAGUCUACACAAUUAUUCAAUUGACUUGCCUCUUAAAGGCAAUUGGAGUGCAGUACUUGUUUGUGACCAGCUGAGGCACUGUUCAUUCACUCUGACUAGUUCGCUGUCUAGGGAAGAACAACAUAACAUUACACAAUAAUAAUAUGGGCUGCUCGCAUUGCAGCAGGCCCAUAAUGACAACUCUAUGGCACAACUUCUCAGGGCUGCAUUGCUCUGCUCGGUUCACCACUGGCAUGGAAACAGGAGUUCAGAACACUACAAAUAUAGUAGUUGGUUGUGAAUUAUCCCAAUAAUUGAUCUAUUUUAUGCGUGGGUUCCCUCCGGGUACUCCGGCUUCCUCCCACCUCCAAAGACAUGCACCUGGGGAUAGGCCCCUCCCACCUCCAAAGACAUGCACCUGGAGAUAGGCCCCUCCCACCUCCAAAGACAUGCACCUGGAGAUAGGCCCCUCCCACCUCCAAAGACAUGCACCUGGGGAUAGGUUGAUUGACCACACUCAAUUGGCCCUAGUGUGUGAAUGUGAGUGUGAAUGUUGUCUAUCUGUGUUGGCCCUGUGAUGAGGUGGCGACUUGUCCAGGGUGUACCCCGCCUUCCGCCCGAUUGUAGCUGAGAUAGGCUCCAGCGCCCCCCGCGACCCCGAAGGGAAUAAGUGGUAGAAAAUGGGGGUGGGGUAAUUAUAUUGCACUGCAAGCAGCCCAUAUUAUUAUUGCUCAUACUUGGACUUUUAUUAUUAUAGUUCCGCACAUUUCCUUUUUUACGAUUAAUACAAGACGAAUCGGCCAACAAACCCCCCACGUGUGUGUUACACCGUCGGAAUGGUCUCGCUCGCGCCGACAGCGGUACUUUAAGUUGGGAACAUUUCGCGUCACCAUGCCAACGCUACUCACAAAUAAAUGAAUAAAACGGGCCAAUUUAAUGGGUACGUACCCUUUUAAUGGACGACUGCUUUGAGACAAACGCCAAAAAGGCAAGAUGACCUCCUCUUGUAGCUCAGCCAUACUUUCACGGAGCUCGGUGCUUAACGUCUCAUUUUGUUCACACACUUGUCUACUUUAACCAUGGCUAAAAAAAAGAUGUACGUCCUACUUUUGGUUUUGGCUGGAUGUCCAUCGCAAGGAAGGCUAGCUCUGUUGUUAAUUUUGUACAGUUAAAGUAGCAAUGAUUGUCACACACACACACACUAGGUGUGGCCAAAUGAUUCUCUGCAAUUGACCCAUCACCCUUGAUCACCUCCUGGGAGGUGAGGGGAGCAGUGUUAGUUACACCUAAAACUCACGGAUUCGGACACUCGGCACCAUCUAAUUAGUACGGUGGCUUCAGACGACCCCCAACCAGAGGUCCAGGACACAGAUAACAGGCCCAUCAAAAUUUCCGCGAACAUUUUGUAGUAAUUUUUAUUGUUGUCCUAGCCAUGUUGUACAGAGCAGCCUGAACACUCAUGCAUGCAACAAAUGGCAGAUUUGUUUAAGAUAUUCAGUUGCCUGGUUAUUGUCAACUUGCCUUAGCAGUACAUACUUGUCGCAAGGAUGAGUAUUGAAUUACAGUUCUUUCCCAUUAUAAAACACUAGGGGUGUAACGGUACACAAAAAUUUGGGUUCGGUACGUACUUCGGUUUAGAGGUCACGGUUCGGUUCAUUUUCGGUACAGUAAGAAAACAACAAAAUAUACAUUUUUGGGUUAUUUAUUUACCAAAUUUGCAAAAUCUUCCACCAAAAAUAUUUUUCUUAGUGUAAUAUUUGAUGUGAAGUAAUGGGAACCUUGGAUAGGUCAAUAAUUCAUAACAACAUUGAUUUUGAUUCAAUAUUAUGUUUUGAGCAAUGACAGUUUGAAAGAAAAAAAAACAGCUUUGUUUUAUUAGUCAACAUUGCAACUUUUUCUAAAUGACAUUUCACCUUUAAGCUUUUUUAUUUCACUUUUGUUAUGUUUUUGUUUGUUUAUUUGAAUAGUAUUUUUAGAAUGUGCCGUGGGCCUUUAAAACAUUAGCUGUGGGCCGACCAUGGCCUCCGGGACACACUUUUGACACCCCUGCUAUAGAUAAUAAAAAAUGAAAUGUGAUAAAUCUAUGGAUAAAAAGCAGAGCCUGGCGACGCAUGCGCGUUUAUCAUAACUCUCUCUCUCUCUCUCUCUGCCCCUCCCUCACCAAUGCUGCUGUUUGUUUUGUUUUUAACCCCUUCUUAACCCUGAGCGUACAUUGAAAAUACACGCAACCCUAACUCAAAAUGCCGGACAUUUGAGGCAUUUAAGAAACUCCGCCCUGACAGCCCCGCAAAAGAGGACAUGUCCGGUGAAAAGAGGACGUAUGGUCAGUCUACCCUAGCUCGUUAGCUGCUAGCAUGCCGUGUGUUGUGCCUCGGUGUGCAUUGUUUACACAACGUGCGUUACGCUACUUAAUAUGUCCGUGUGGAAACUCGUUCGGUACACCUCCGAACCGAACCGGAACCCCUGUACCGAAACAGUUCAAUACAAAUACACGUACCGUUACACCCCUAUAAAACACAAUAAUACAACACAAUUUUGCAAACCAGUGUUAAUACAAUUCACAAAACCACACACCCAAACUGCAAAAAACCUCCUAUAGCCUGCAAAAUGCAACCAAAACGGCAUAUAGCAUUGUCAAUAUCAAACUUUCACACCAAGUGGCACACACGUCAUGCAUAUUACCAGAUUUUUGUCUAACCAACUACACACUGUUGGGCAUAAUGUCAAGCACUCUCAUCUUUAGUGUGCUUGCAGUAACACUAAAAUAGUACAACUUGUAGAAAAGUCUUCAGAUUGUUCACAUGCCCAGACAUAUUUACAGAUUGUACAGUACAGGCCAAAGGUUUGGACACACCGAUCAUUCCAUGCAAUGUUUUCUUUAUUUACAUUGCAGAUUUUCACAUCAAAACUAUGAAUGAACACAUGUGGAGUUAUGUACUUAACAAAAGAAGGUGAAAUGACUGAAAACAUGUUUGAUAUUCAAAUAGCCACCCUUUGCUCUGAUGACUGCUUUGCACACUCUCGGCAUUCUCUCUAUGAGCUUCAAGAGGUAGUCACCUGAAAUGGUUUUCACUUCAAAAGUGCUUGAAGCUCAUGGAGAGAAUGCCAAGAGUGUGCAAAGCAGUAAUCAGCAGAGGUGGGACCAAGUCAUUGCUUUGCAAGUCACAAGUAAGUCUCAAGUCUUUGCCCUCAAGUCUCGAGUCAAGUCCCGAGUCAAGACAGGCAAGUCCCGAGUCAAGUCCAAAGUCAAGACUGGAAAGUCUCAAGUCGAGUCCCAAGUCCUGCAUUUUGAGUUUCGAGUCCUUUCAAGUCCUUUUAACCACAGACUAAUAUUUUUACACAGAUUGUGUAUGCUUUUAAAACGCUGUAUUUAUUUAUUAAAACAAGUGCAUUUGAAAUUGCAGGAAAAAAAAUAGUGCUGACAUUGCAAUUCAUAAUAGCACUAUUAACCAGUCAUUUUAAUAGUUUAAACAAUUUUAAACAUUUAACUCAUUCCUUUCCAGAAUAAACACAUUUGCAAAAACAAACAUUAACAUACUAUUGGUUGUAUUUUAUGAAAAUAAUAUUACCACAGAGUUGAGAAGGAGCAAAGAUCUUCAAUAUUUGUAUGUGAAAAUCACAAAUAAAUCUUCUGGGGGAGGAUGACACCCCUAAAACACAAUUCACCAGCCGCCACUGAUUAUGAUGCAUUCUCAUUUUAGGCAAAAUAUAAGACAAUACUUUCUUAACAGUAUAAUUCUAACCAGGAAUGAGUCUUCAAAUAACAAUAUUCAAAUACUAACAUUGUUGGGUAAGACAGCAUUUGGUUUUAUUCUGAAUGUAGUGAAACAAAUUGGUGGUUUUAGCUGAUAUAAAGACUUUCAGGUGUUUAUAUAUGUUUAAGUAUUUGGCAGACGCUUUUAUCCAAAGCGACAUACAUAAAAAAUACAUAUAAAACAAUCACUGUAAACAUGAUCAUUUAAGGGAAGAAUGUAAUACAAAAUAUCAAUACAAAGUGUCAAGACAGAAUAAACUCUCUGCUGCUGCAGCAACAGAGUUACAGUCUAUAGGUCUCUAAGAUAUAUAGAUAUCUAAUGUAUUCAUACAUUGUUUAUGUAGGACAUACGCAUGUAUAUAUAACCUAAUCAUAUUGUUUCUUCAAUUUAAAAAUAGCUUACCGUUUUUUCCCUCUUCUCUGGGAUUAUAUUCCCAGUUUUGAUCUCGGACGUCUGGUCACUUAUAGCGUAUAAGAAUAUUAUAUUACUGUUAAGCAAACUAUGAAUAAUAAAACUCGCCAAAACAUGUGUCCGUUAUCAUAGCUACACGUAUGACAAAAAACCGCGUGAAAAUGAGUGGUAUUCAGUGAGGUAAAAUGAAUUAAAUGCGCUGACAGUUCAUUGCUCCUGCCAAAUGAAUUGCACUGAGUGGAGCGGAUCACCACUCCAAGAUGGCGGCCCCGCGUCUCGUCUGCGCCAGUAGACAGUAGCGCUCGAUGCUGCGUACCCUUAUAAGAUGUCUAUGGUUAUGACGUUAGCAGUGAGUUUACAGCCUCACUGAUUUAACUACACAGCAAAUAAAAGUCAUGUUACUUAGCCAAUAAACGUUAGCUUACAUUCAAAACUUACCCUUCUUUGUGCAACUUCAAAUGUCGAAUGAAGUUGGAAGUUGUUGCGUCUCCGUCUGUAAUAUUCCAACUGCGUGAUUUGCAUACGCAAUUCGUUUUUUGUUGACCAAGUCGUAGUUUUUAUACCCGAACGAAACCAACUUUGGCAUAAUUGUUUCUCACUGCCGCAUUGUUUGACAACUCAUGUUCGGUGGUUGUCCUGCAAUUGGAUUGGAUGAGAGCUGUGGGAUGAAAACAACGUAGAUCUAAUUUGAUUGGCUGUUGUACUGAGAGCACACACGCUGACAAGCAGCACACACGCUGAUAGACAGACACACACGUAUAAAAUGAAAGAUACGGAGCGCUCCCAAAUAACUUUUUAAGCUUUGGGUUUUGGGGAAAGUAGCAAGUCAUGUCAAGUCAAAAGGCUCAAGUCCAAGUGAAGUCACAAGUCAUUGAUGUUAAAGUCUAAGUCGAGUUGCAAGUCUCUUUACAUUUUGUCAAGUCGAGUCUAAAGUCAUCAAAUUCAUGACUCGAGUCUGACUCGAGUCCAAGUCAUGUGACUCGAGUCCACAGCUCUGGUAAUCAGAGCAUAAGAAGUUCAAGACCUCCAAAUGUGGUCCUCAAAAACAACACCUGAGAUGCAUGUUGCCAUCAAACAGCCUUGAUGUUAUAAGUACAAUACUUACAGGACUGGCACAUUCAACUUAAUGGCAAAGACUGCUUCCUGACUACAGCAACACACUUAGGACAAACUCAAAUUAAUGCAUAGGAGACUCAGAUGUGUAAAAAAACCAAACGAGAUAACAACUGGACAGCCCAGUUAUUAUAAGCGCAGUGUUAAAUGAUUAUUAAAUUGAACAUUUAUUACCACAUGAACACACAAAAAGGUACUGGAAAUUGGUACCGUUGAGCACCAAUAUGGUAUCCCUUUAGGAAUGUCCGAUAAUUGCUUUUUGCCGAUAUUCGAUAGUCCAACUCUUUAAUUACCGAUACCGAUAUCAACCGAUAUAUGCAGUCGUGGAAUUAACACAUUAUUAUGCCUAAUUUGGACAACCAGGUAUGGUGAAGAUAAGGUACUUUUAAAAAAAUUAGUAAAAUAAUAUAAAUAAAUUAAAAACAUUUUCUUGAAUAAAAAAGAAAGUAAAACAAUAUAAAAACAGUUACAUAGAAACUAGUAAUGAAUGAAAAUUAGUAAAAUGAAGUGUUAAAGGUUAGUACUAUUAGUGGAGCAGCAGCACGCACAAUCAUGUGUGCUUACGGACUGUAUCCCUUGCAGACUGUAUUGAUAUAUAUUGAUAUAUAAUGUAGGAAGCAGAAUAUUAAUAACAGAAAGAAACAACCCUUUUGUGUGAAUGAGUGUAAAUGGGGGAGGGAGGGAGGGAGGUUUUUUGGUUUGGUGCACUAAUUGUAAGUGUAUCUUGUGUUUUUUAUGUUGAUUUAAUUAAAAAAAAAAAAAAAAACGAUACCGAUAAUAAAAAAACCGAUACCGAUAAUUUCCGAUAUUACAUUUUAACGCAUAUAUCGGCCGAUAAUAUCGGCAGGCCGAUAUUAUCGGACAUCUCUAAUUCCCUUGUAUUGGUUCAAGUGUGAAAGGUACCUGGCCCCAGCUGCCAACACCUUUCAUUUGUACUUCUAUGGUUAUCAUCACGCAUUUCCGUCCUCUUCGGUACCGUGCAGUGGUGGCAGCUGUUUUGUACGACUUUUUAAAAAUGUUCCCCCAGUUUUUCACUUUGAGUUUUAAGGUCCCAAGUUUUUUAAUGCAUGCUGCUGCAUCUUCUUCUUCUUCUGUGAAGGUGCUUUAUGAAGCACAAGCAAUGAAUUGCACUGAGAGUCCUAUUUUAUAUCAACAUGUUCAAACUUGCUAAAUAUGAGCUAUUAAAAUGGACAAAACAAUGACAAACGUUGACUUUUUGAGUGAGGUAAAUCACACGGAUCUUUACAUUCCGUUCCCGUCGACUUCAGGUGACGACGGCACUGUACGCUCAGCCUGCGUUGCCAUGACAACCUGGCUCCGGGAGGCUUCCGCUCAUUUUCAUAGCGGACAAACCCGCGCAGGAGUUGAAGUGCAUAAAGUGCUUUCGCCGAGGCCGGGUUAUGUACGGCGUGCAAUUUGAGUUUUGCAGCUGCGCACGCUAUAAAUAACAGCAGAGAAGC